AUGCUUCUCAGGGCCCCAGACGACUACGUACCCCGUGGGAUGCCAAAGGGCAACAACAUCUCCUGGCUCAACUCGCUGCUCCAAUCUUUGGUCUACGCGUACGAUUUUAAUCGCGUUGUCGACAGCAGCCACCGGGAAGCCUUGAACGACUGCGACCAAGACGAAGUCUUCAAGGGCGUUUGGCGAGCAAUCACUGAGCAUGAGGAGGAGCCGACGGACCCUCGCCCCAGCUAUGACAGCCUCGCACAGGCCAUGUUGCGUGCCGGCAUCGUUCAAGACCUCAACAAUGUCGACCCCGUCAAGGCGUUUCACCUCCUGCUUUGUCAUCUCGGCAAAUGCAUCGAGUACGAUGAUCUCCCACCCGAGGAGCGGCCAUUCCGACACCUCUUCAAGUGGGAAUGUCAGCGUCGCCACACCUGUAUCGCCUCCGGCGGGUACCAGUCUCAACGCUACUUCAAUGACGUCGUUUUUCCCCUCGACGCGAGCGACAAUACGUUGCGUCGCUAUCUGGCCGAGGGUCACGAAACCGUCUCGACUGAAUUCCUCCUCGACCGGUCCAUGAGCGCCCCUACUCCUGCCCACCGAUGUGGAAAUAUCCCUGUGGCCGACAUUCGCUACCGUCUUGGCUAUUACCUCGCCCUCGAAUACCAACGCGACCAGCAAGGCCCUGCUGGAGGUCCACUGCCUACUCAGACGCUCUCCCUCCAUCUUCGCAUUAACGACGUUCGUUGGAGUCUGUUUGCGGCUAUACUUCGUCACGAGCCCUCCGAAAACAAAUCAGGCAGGCCGCACUUUACAACACUCGUCUUCGGUGGUGGUGAACUCUACCACGUCAACGACGACAAGGUCAAGAUUGUGGCCAACAACGUCAACUUCGAGAGCCUUAGGUUUGCUUCCUUCGAGCUACCGAAGAUCGUGCUUGCAUUCUACCAGGAAGCACAUUGA